AUGCGUCGCUCAGCGCUGUGGCUAACCCUAGCCACCGCAGUAUCCUCAACUCCAUUAUCUCAGAGGGACUCGGCAGUUUCAUCCCACCCACCAACAGCCACUCUCUCCGCAGGCAAUGCAAACUCAAAAACCGUCUUCGUGGGCCGGACUCUCCCCGAGUUCAACCAAGAUCUUUUCUUAGGUAUCAAGUAUGCCGACGAACCAACUCGUUUCACACCCGCAGAAUUGAAGUCCGCCUACGAAUCUAAAGAUAGUAACUCUGGUGUCUACAAUGUCUCCGCGGCGGGAGUGUCGUCCCACUCCAAUGCAGUCUACUACAAUGCUACUGAGUAUGGGUAUGAUUGCCCGGGUUACGGGUCCGAUACCACUAACUUGGUGAAUAUGGGAUUGAUCAAGCUGAAUGAGGAUUGUCUGAAUCUUAAUGUGAUUAAGCCUCAGAAUUCUGGGGAGAAGUUGCCGGUUAUGUUGUGGAUUUUUGGUGGUGGGUGGUCGCAGGGUGCUACUGCGGAUCCUAGAUAUAACAUGAGCUAUGUUGUCCAGCAGAGUGCGUUGAACGGCAAGCCUGUGCUGGGCGUAUCGAUCAACUAUCGUCUUUCGGCAUUUGGAUUCCUAGACUCAGAGGAAGUGAGGGCCGAGGGAAACACCAAUCUCGCCCUUCGGGACCAGCGCACUGCCAUGCGGUGGGUGAAAGAGCAUAUCAAGGCAUUCGGUGGGGACCCGGAUCGAAUCACGAUCUGGGGCGAGUCGGCGGGAGCUUAUAGUGUGGGAGCGCACCUUGUCACCAACAACGGCGAUAAUGAGGGUCUCUUCCGAGCUGCAAUUAUGGAGUCCGGAAACGCAGUAGGACCACCCUACAAUGGUACAGAAUGGCACCAGCCAAUGUACAAUCGACUUGUCCAACGAACAGGAUGUACCAACUCAACAAACACCCUCCAAUGCCUCCGAGACCUACCCUACGAAACUUUCUACAGCAACGCCUACGAAGGAUUAGAGUGGUUCGCCACAGUCGACAACAUCUUCAUCUCAGAAUAUCCCCAGAUAAGCUACCGUGAGGGCAAAUUCGCCAAAGUCCCCAUCCUACUCGGCACAAACACAGAUGAAGGGACUAGUUUCGGGACAACCGGUACAAAUACAGAUGAAGAUUGUGUCGCGCAGUUGAUAUCCUCCAAACGCUGGGUCCUCACCCGCGACGAAGCCACCAAACUCCUCACCUACUAUCCCAACGUCCCAGCCCUGGGCUGCCCCUACGGCUGGGGCAAUGUGACCUGGCCAAGCAAAGGGCUACAAUAUAAACGCUACGAAUCCAUGGCUGGCGAUAUAUGCAUGGUAGCGCCCCGCCGGAUGCUGACACAAGCCAUGUCCCGUUUUGAAGACCAUGUUUACUCUUAUCGGUGGGAUGUUGCUGCAUUGAAUACGUCGACUACAAUUGGAGUGCAGCAUUUUGCGGAGAUUCCGUUUGUGUUUUCAAAUCCAGUCCAAAAUAUCACAGCUCUGGGAUCUGAUCCUGCGCGCUUGGAACUCGGACAGAUGGCCGCUCGCAUGUGGACGUCAUUCGUGACCGAUCUGAAUCCUAAUGGGCAUGGAGUAUCGCACAUCCCCCAAUGGCCUCGCUAUUCUUCCAAAGCUACAAACUUUGUUUUCCGUCUUCCCCGGAAUGAGAGCUAUGUGGAAGCCGAUACCUAUCGUGCGUCGGGGAUGGAGUAUAUCAACAGUAUUGCGCGAUAA